GUAAAUUGUCGGAAAAUUAAAAAUCAUAGUUUUGACAAAAUCAUAGUUUUUUUCAAUUUGAAGCACACCAUCGUGAUGUAUUUCCAAGCACGCAUUUCCACCGUACCCUCGGUAUUCGAAAAUCAUUUGAAACACAUAUUUCGUUGUUAGUUUCUUUCGAGUUCGUCACGAAACACGACAGUAUGCUCGCUUUUUUUUCAAAAUUUUGCGACUGUGACGAGCGCACGCAAGGUAGUAUUUUUCAUGUCAAUUUAAUAGACAAAAAAUCGAGCGUGCCGCCGUGAUUCGUCUCGAACUGUAAAGGAAAACGAGCACUUUUUCAAAUUUUUCGCUGUUACAACGGCGCUAUACCAAUCUGUCGGUUUCUAGUUUUACUUGUUUUCCCGACAUCAGCAGCACGCGUGUACAGAAGAGAGAACAAGUGCAGCACAACUUCACACAAGUUUUGCUUUGUCCAAAGUAAGAAAGAUGUUGUCUCCGUUUCUCCUCGUGUCCCUCGUGCUUUCUUACAUCGGUGUGCGCCACCCUCAAUAUGGCAACGUCCGCAGUCUAAUGGGUCGUGUUGCGACGGAUAAUUUGGACAACAAGCUGGCGCACCCAGAAGGUCAGGACGUGGCCCGUUCCGCCCGGGUUGUGUAUCGUGUGCGACGGCAAAAAAAGCGUUGGAAUCGACGUGAAGAAGUUAAUAUUCGAGGGUCACCGUCGACCUCUGCACGCGGAGCAACGACGAGUCAAAGAAAUCCAGAAGAUCUUCUGGCGCCAGAACAUAAUUCCAGAACUUCUACCUCAGCGUUGAGCGACAGCACCAGUACGGAACCAUCACCUCCUCUACCAGUUAAAAUUCCGGAAACGAAGAAAGUGGAACAGAGCAUUGCGACAGAUGUAGUUCUCACGACAGCAACAACGACUAGAUCGAACCAAUUUAACAUUGCUACUCCGCCUUCACGGCCUGCACACGCGCGGCCUGAGGUCGUCUUUGAGCCACUGAUUCUCUCUCCAGCUGCCGCGCCAUCGUUGGACCAAAACCGCAGAUACCAGCUGGAUGGUUGGUAUCGACAAAUUUCCGCCAUGCUGCCGGAGAUUCCCAACGCUGUGUUUCGAGCAUUGCAACAGGUGAAUAGUAGAAAUAAUUCGCCCUAUCAUAAUCGUCGUGGCACAACUCCACACGAGGACCAGCAGCCGCCACUAGUUUUAGACAUCGGCGCGAACGCCGGCGCGUUCACCGGGCGGAUCCGUGCCAUGUGCUAUCCACUGCAAAUACUGGAAGGGUGUAAACUUGUCAUGCAGGUUUUUCAUGACCCAUGACAUGAUGUCUGCCAUAUAUGAUUUAGCAUGACAGAUUCUGCGCGACCUCUACCAUGCCUCGCCUGCAUUAGAAACUGCCUCUCAACUUGGUCAAAAGUUGGCAGCUUUUGCAAAUCACGCAACACAGAUUUUUGCACUAUCCAGAAUUAGCAUGACAAGUUCCAGCGUUCCAGACCCAGACAUAUUUGCAAUGCAUAUGUGCCCCACCUGCCGGAUCCUCGCCUUCGAGUGCGUGCCGGAGUACGCCGCGUAUAUCCGCGACUCCCGGCGGUUCGACAAGAAUCUGCACGUGGUGCCUGCUUGUGUGUCCGACGAAACCGGCGAGACCAGUCUGUUCGUAGCCAGCGACGGCAACCUCGGUUGGAACACGAUGGUGCAGGAGCAAACAAAAGGGCAACGCAUGCGGGAGGUAAAGGUGAAGCAAAUCCGGCUGGACGAUCACCAUGUGCAGGCGGCGUUGGGACUUAAUGACCACGGGGGAGGUGAGGAUGGAAUGAUAUCAUCAUCAUCAUCAUCAUCAUCAUCGUCCUCGGCAGGAGCGUCUACCUCCGUAAAAAUGCGUAAUCAUCUGCCAGCGCUGAUCAAGAUCGACACGGAGGGAGCUGAAUACAAGGUGCUGCGCGGGAUGCGAAAUUGGCUGCAACGCGGAUUCGACCUGGCCAGAAAACAAGCGAGUGACGAGCAGGGCUCUGGUGCAACAUCGCAAAUGGUUAACAUGCCGGUCUUGAUGGUGGAAUUUGGUUGGGGGGUGCGCGAUCACCCGCAGAGGGACGCAGAGCUGGAGAUGUUUGACUUCUUGACGCAGAAUUUGCAGUAUUCCUGCACGCCGGAUUACCGAACCGUGGCGAAAACGCAGGACCUGGUGUUUCUACCGCCGAGCAAGUACAGUGGCGGGAGCAGAUAAGUAUGAGGUCCAGUUUUCAUUGAAAUUUGUUUCUGAGUCGAUCAUGCACAUGCAUUGCACGACCACGAUGUGAAGCGUACUUUGUUCAAAAGGAUUCUGUGCGAAUGGACGCGAAGUCGAUCCGCUGUGUGCCGUACGGCGAAAAAACAUUAGACGAAUUUCACUGCAGCAGACUUUUCCAUGAAAUGGUGUAUAAGUGGUAACAGCGAUGAGAUCCUUUCAGCCACCGACUUUGAAAGUUGUGUGCUUUCCGGCAUAUAGUUUUUCGACGGAUGGCUCACAGUAGAGAUUCUAGGUUCGUAAAGAGCUGAGAUGCAGAAAGUAGCCGCGAAGAAAAUUUCCGUCUGACCGAUUUGUUUCGCCAAGAUAUCUUUCCCUGCGUCAAAUUCAGUAAAGCAAGAUCCCGAUGCUGAUGAUCCAUGACUGUGCCGUCGAAAUAAACAUUGAUGUGUCUACUGUGCUAUCUCGUGCCAGGCCCAGUUUAUAACGGCAGCAAUCUUCUUGUGCUGCUUUUGGUCAUUCACUUUCAUUCCGCAGUGAAGUGUAAUUCUAGCGAUUUCAGUUUCACGAAGAACCAGAAGAUCUUCAUGUCAUUCCCUUCUCUGAAAGUAUUCUCCGCAGCGUGGCCGUGGUCGCAUUGUUUUUGUCUUCCAGCAAAGUGUUUUCUUCUUCAAAAA